AUGGAUUACGAGAAGGACAAACUUCCCGAGGCCGACGGCUACAGCGAUCCCCCACCAUACCCCGGCAACAACGCGGAAUUGCCAGAUUACGAAACACCGAGAUUCAACAACACAGCAUCAGAUACCCGGCUAGUCGCGGCGACCGCAAGAUUUCCGCCGACUUUGAAUUGCUACUAUCAAUGGAAGUGGAAGCAAGUUUACUAUCUGGGGCCUUCGGCCGAAGAGAAAAUGUUUGCCAUUUCAUUUGAUGGCAAGCUGUUUUCUACCAAGCAAACUCUUUGCCUUCAUAAUGGCCCCAGCGACAGGGCACCCGUCAUGGCUACAGCAAGCAGAACUGGGAUGGGAUGGCACGACCGUUCCACCAUCAACGUGAAUCGAGAGUUUGGAAGCGGGGAGGAUAUCAAACUUGAAAAGCCCGAAGAUGCAGGCUUCAGGAAGAGCCAAGUCCGAGCCUUCCACAUGAAAACGCCGAAAGGAAGAGUCGAGGAGUUUCAAUGGAGGACAUCGCACGGAAAUGAGAUCAAGGAGCUGGCGGGACACUCAUCAGGCUGGAAGCUUGUUCGUAUGAUGGGACCUGAGUCUAUCGGAGGCCACUCAAAGAAUCCAGACUUGGGAUUUUCGAGUGAUGGACAGGAGGUUGUGGCAGUCUUGGCGCACAACAUGUCUUGGAGUAUGACCAAGGGCUACAGGUUUGCCUUCAUGGGGACAGGACUCACAGGAACUUUGAGCGAGGAAUGGGAGGCGACGGCCGUUCUAACAGGAUUCUGGCUGUGGUACCAACAAGUCACCACGAAUUCUGCGGCAGGUGCCGGAGCGGCCGGGGCGGCAGCAUGCUGA